AUGGCCAGCCAAAAAAAAGCCAUUUUUACUGGAUUAUUGAUUUUUAUUUCAGUGCAGAGGACUUUGUCUGUUUCAGAGGAAGAGCUCCAUGCCAGCUACUGGAACAACAAAGCGAGGCAGGCGCUUCACACUGCCCUGAAUGUUCAGCCUAAUCUUCAACAAGCCAAGAACAUAAUCCUCUUCCUGGGGGAUGGUAUGGGAAUACCGACAGUGACUGCUACCAGGAUCCUCAAAGGCCAGUUGGCAGGACAUUCUGGGGAGGAGACAAGUCUGGUUAUGGAUACCUUUCCUCACCUGGCGCUGUCUAAGACGUACAAUGUGGACCAGCAGAUGCCAGACAGCGCUGGCACAGCCACAGCUUACUUGUGUGGUGUGAAGGCCAACUACGGCACCCUGGGUGUCACUGCCGCCACCCCGAGGGACAACUGUAAUGCUACCUAUGGGAACGAAGUCACAUCCGUUUUGCACCGCGCCAAGAAAGCAGGAAAAUCUGUGGGAAUUGUUACAACAACCAGAGUCCAGCAUGCCUCUCCUGCUGCAAACUACGCUCACACUGCCAACCGAGCCUGGUAUUCUGACGCCUACCUCCCCUCUGAGGCAAUCCAAAAUGGCUGCCGUGACAUUGCUUCCCAGAUGGUUCAUAACACAGAGAUAAAUGUCAUUCUUGGUGGAGGUCGUCAGUACAUGUUUCCGAGAACCACACCAGACCCCGAGUAUCCAACUUACAAAGGAGACCGAAAUGAUGGACAAAACCUUGUUGCAGAGUGGUUAAAGAACAAAAAGAAUGCUAAAUAUGUUUGGAACAAAGCUGAAUUUGAUGCCGUCAAUCCUGCAAAUACGGACUUCCUGAUAGGCCUCUUUGAGCCCAAAGACUGCCGCUACGAGUUGGAGCGUGAUCCAUUCAUGGACCCCUCUCUUACGGAGAUGAUGGAGAAAGCAAUCAAGAUUCUCAGCAAGAACCCGAAGGGAUUUUACCUCUUUGUAGAAGAUAACGGAAGAAUUGACCAUGGUCACCACGGAGGGAGGGCCAAAAGAGCUCUCUAUGAGGCUGUUGAGUUUGACCGGGCGAUCGGGCGAGCAGCUGAACUCACCACGGAGCUCGACACCCUGUCUGUGGUCACUGCUGACCACUCCCAUGUCUUUGCCUUUGGAGGAUAUUCCGGCAGAGGAAACUCGGUUUUAGGGGUGUCUCGCUCACUAGCUGAGGACAAUAAGCACUUCACCACUGCUGUGUAUGGAAAUGGACCCGGAUACCAAACUGGACCUCGGCCCGAUAUGAAUGAGACAAUUUCAUCGGAUGAUGAUUACCAUCAGCAGGCUCCUGUCCCUCUCAGCUCAGAGACCCAUAGCAUAGAAGAUGUAGCCAUCUUUGCCAAAGGUCCCAUGUCCCAUCUUUUCCACGGGGUCCAGGAGCAGAACUACAUUGCCCACGUGAUUGCUUAUGCUGCCUGCAUGGAGCCCUACGAGAACUGUGAACUGCACCCACCCAGCCACGCUGGAUCCAUCCACCCCAGCCUCCUGCUCCUCCUGAUGGGCCUUCUUCUUCUUUCCCUUUGCUCUGUCUGA